CUCCCAGAUACACAUUUUCCCCCUCAGAACACUUUUAUUCAAGGAUAAACCAGCUGGAAUCCGAAGAAACCAGAGUAGGCUAAUUAUCCCUGCAUUGUUGUGGAGGCAGCUCGGAGGAGGGGAUGGAUGCGAGGAGCAGAGGCGGCUUUCUGACGGACCCUGCUCCUAUGUGAUGCAGCUGUUUAUGCUGGAUGUGAAAAAAAACCGGACACCCUGACGACUGCUCUUAAAACGCUAACGGGCGAGAAAUCAGCGGCUAUUUGUUAUUCUGCACGUGUUGGGAUUGCAUAUGAAGAGCUGGGAAAGCCAUGUAGCCAGUGCCGUGCACACAGAGGGAGAGAAUACACCGCCGCUUUGAUUUUCUUAUUCACAUUUUCCUCGCUAGGGUGAUUCCACCGUUUGUUUUCUUCCUCCUAAACAGUUUUUUAUUUUGCUACAGACCUGCCCAGUGGGUUUUUGAGUUUUCAGCGUGGAAAUCAAAUACCAACUCGGUAAUAUCACAGAAGUGUGCGAGGAGAGAGGACAGCAUUGGCAUCUAUCCAUGCGCGCUCCACACCGGGCUAUUUAUUAUGGAACUGUGACCCCAGUCGAGGUACCUACUACACGCGUUUUUCUACAUCUACACUUUCUCUAAGGAUUUUCACCACGUAAGAACGGAGUAUUUUGAGGGUAUCUUGGGUAAAAUGCUCGGCUGUUUUGCCGGCUGUCAGUGACGCAACAUCUCAAACAGACUGCAUGAGAAAUACAUGCGUAGAAGGGCGUGAACUUACAGACACUAACCUCCUUUCCCGUUUAUAAAGCAUCUGCUUAUCUAUAAAGCCAGUUUCCUCCGUGUGCAAUCCUAUACCCUUCAUUCAUCCCAACUCAUCCCGGGGCACUAUGGAUCUCAAAGCGGACUCUGAGGACAUGGACUACAAGCGGCCGGCUCCCAUUGAAGUUUUCGCCAGCAGGUCCACGCUGCAUGGCAUCUCGCACAUGUUCACUUAUGAGCGGAUGUGUAUCAAGCGCACCCUGUGGAUUUUGUUUUUCCUGAGCUCCGUGGGUGUGCUGGUGAUGGUGUGCGUGGACCGGGUGCAGUUGUACUUCCAGUACCCUCACGUCACCAAGCUGGACGAGGUUUCGGCUCCGAUGAUGGUGUUCCCCUCUGUCACCUUCUGCAACCUCAACUCCUUCCGCUUCAGCAUGGUGACGCGCAACGACCUGUACCAUGCUGGGGAGUUCCUUGCCUUGCUCAACGGCAGGUAUGAGAUCCGGGACACACACAUGGUGGAGGAACAUGUCAUGCAGAUCCUGAAGGAGAGGGCCAACUUUGACAACUAUAAGCCCCGCCCCUUCAACAUGCGUGAAUUCUACGACCGGACGGGCCACGACAUAAAGGAGAUGCUGCUCUCCUGCUCCUACCGAGGCGGCGAGUGCAGUGCCGACAACUUCAAAGUGAUAUUCACUCGCUAUGGGAAGUGCUACACCUUUAAUUCAGGCCAAGAUGGACGACCCCUCAUGGUGACGAUGAAGGGUGGGAUGGGUAACGGCCUGGAACUGAUGUUGGAUAUCCAGCAGGAUGAAUACUUGCCUGUAUGGGGAGAGACUGACGAGACGUCGUUUGAAGCGGGGAUCAAGGUUCAGAUCCACACACAGGACGAGCCUCCGUUUAUAGACCAGCUGGGCUUCGGAGUGGCGCCGGGCUUUCAGACGUUUGUGUCCUGCCAGGAACAACGGCUGACGUACCUGCCUCCACCUUGGGGGGACUGCAAGGCCUCGGCGAUGGACUCAGACUUCUUCAACACUUACAGCAUCACAGCCUGCCGGAUCGACUGCGAGACACGAUACCUGGUGGAGAACUGCAACUGCAGGAUGGUCCACAUGCCUGGAGAUGCCCCGUACUGCACCCCGGAGCAGUACAAGGACUGUGCAGAUCCUGCCUUGGACUUUCUUGUCGAGAGAGACAAUGACUACUGUGUGUGCGAGACGCCGUGCAACAUGACGCGCUUCGGUAAAGAGAUGUCCUUUGUCAAGAUACCCAGCAAAGCAUCAGCAAAGUACCUCGCCAAGAAAUUCAACAAGACAGAGCAGUACAUAUCUGAUAACCUUCUGGUCCUGGAUAUCUAUUUUGAAGCGCUGAACUACGAAACCAUCGAACAAAAGAAAGCCUACGAAUUGGCAGGCCUUCUGGGUGAUAUCGGAGGUCAGAUGGGUCUCUUCAUCGGAGCCAGCCUCCUCACUAUUCUGGAACUCUUUGACUAUCUAUAUGAGGUGAUCAAAUACAAGCUGUGCCGAUGCGUGAAGAAGAAACACAAAGGCCGCAACAACAACGACCGGGGAGCUGUGCUGAGCCUGGACGAUGUGAAACACCAUGCUCCUUGCGAGAACCUGCGUACACCAUCAACAUAUCCUGGCAACAUGCUACCCCAUCACCCGGGCCAAGCAAACUUUGAAGACUUCACUUGCUGAGCAGACCCCGGGGGGAAGCAUCCAAGUGCGUGUUAUGCAACCAAAGCCAACCAUACAAGAAGAACUAUCCAGCACGGGGGGGGAGUGUGAGGAACUGAUACAAAGUCUAACAGAGGCACUUUUUACAUAGAUACGGAGUUAAGCGGACAAAUCAAACACGACAAAGAACUGUCACCCAAGGCCGAGCGGAGAGGAUAUCCCAAAAAUAAAAAAUAUCUGUCAAUUUUCCGGAGAACAUUUCAUGCAGCACUCUUCUAUCUCUUGUGUAUCUCUGGAAUACUGCCGCAGAGGAUGUGGAGGAACCUUGCCAACACGGACCUCUCUAUCUCUUUCAAAAGACAACAAAAUUAAAUGUAAAAAUAAACAUGUACAGCUAUCUCACCAUAGACAGCAGAUCAUAAAAAAGACCCCCCAUGCCUUUAUAUAACACACGAUGGUUUCACACGACACCGGCCUGCUAGUGAGACUCAUCCUGCUUACUCCACUUUACAUGUAGCAACAUAAUGUACCUGUUGCAGCGCUCCGUAAAACAUCAGCUGGACUCUGUGUAGUUGAGAAUGUAUUUAUGUUCAUGAUGGGUGUAGUUGGGUGUGCAGGGAAGUUUUUCGGGGGGCUUGUGUUAGACAUAGAGGUGCAUUAUCAACCAUUUAAAAUGUACUGGUGAUGAUUUCAGGUCUCAUCAUGUAAAUGCAUGCUUGUAUUUGUCCAAUGCAUGUUUUUCAUUUCAUCUAUCAUUUUUCUUUUUUUUUUACAUAUAUAUAUAUAAAUGAUAUAAGUACCAAGUUUGCCUCAAUGAUAUACAGGAAAAGGAAGAUGAUACAUCCCAUAUAUAUUUCUGUGUGUGUGUGUGUGUACCCAGUCAGCCUGUGUCUGCUGACUGAAUGAAUGAGCUGCACCUAAUUUGAUUUCUCAUCUGUUAUUUCAUUUUCACGCGUGCCCUUUGAGUCGAGGAGUUUUCAUUCAGCUUCAUUAAGUCUUAUCUCGACUGCAGGAUGAGGUGAGGGGAAUUAUUUUUCGAGGAGUUGAUCGCUGAAAUCCAAGUAAUGUUGGGCUGUUAAAAAAGUUUCUGUAUCUGUGUUCUUGUUGCAAGAGUCUUAUCAAAGCACAAUACCGCCAGUAUGUUGAGGUGAUGUAAAAGACAACGUACUAUUCUUCGUGAUAUAUUGUCAUAUUAUUAAUAUCGUGUUGAUCCGACUGUUUUUCGGUUGUUGUUUUUUCUUUCAUAUAAAACAUAAUCGAUAUUGCCUGAUAAUCCUGUCUCCAUCGUCCAGGUAAUAGGCUGGUCUAUUUAGUUAUCAAAGCAUAAAUAAAAUGUAAAUAUCAUUUUGGAAAUUGUUAUUCUUCUGAGGUUUUACUCUUAUCAGUGAAUUCAGUCUUUAAAGCCUCUAUUUGUCCGUUUGGUCGAGGUGAACGGGGGGAAAAGCGAUGUAUUUGUCAACUCCAGAUACUGUGCAAAUGUUCAUUUUGAAUCACAAGUAGCUCUCAGAAAAUCUGAUUAAGCUUUCUGGGCUUAGGGAUUUUCGCAAUUUUCUCUUAUCAACAUAUUAUCUUGUAUUUUGCUUCACACAACAUUUUUUAGAAUUAAGUCAGCAUUAAGAGUUUAGGGGCAGGAGUCUGGCAUUAAAACAUGUAUUACUUAUCCACUGAAACCAUUCAUUUGUUGCAGUUAAACCACUGCAAGCCACAACAUUGGUGUUUCUGAGCUUCAUACGCUUGAAAUGUAAUUACAGUUUCUGCUGCUCAGUGACAAAAGAAUGGAUGAGAAAUAUCCUGCACAGCCAAAACAAGUUUUACCAAGAUUGUCAGUGAGCCAGCGGCCGCACAUUCUGGACGGCUCCUGGUCCUCUACUGUACUGUACAUCUGCUGCUGCCAGACUUGUAUUAAAGGCAGCUUGGUGAUGCAUGACUGUGUGAAUAUUAGAGUCCAGUUAAACAUGUUCUGCCUUGAAAUCAUGUUUGUUGCUCGGAUGGCUGCACAGUCCGCUGCUACCAGACACUAAGGGUUAUUCUAGGACAGGAAGUUUACUUUUGUCUCAUGAUUCUUUCAUGCUAUCUUUUAGCAGGGAAACCGAGCAUCAACAUUGUUCACCCAAUGUGAGUGUGCAUUCAUUUUUUAUUAUUCAGAGGAGAAACCUCAGCUGGUAUUCACACAUUCACAUCAAGUGCUAAAGCUCCCGGGAACCAGCUCCAACAUCUGAUGAAGAUGUUUCCUGUUUUGAAUGUCUGAAACAGGAUGUUGCCCCCUGACGGUUUUAUUAUAUUCUGUUGUACCUGCCAAGAAGACAAAUUAAUCAAGAAAUAAAAGAUGAUGCUGUUCA